GAGAAGAAAAGCACAAACAGAGUGGGUGUUGUGUUUAUCUUUCCAGUAUCUCCCACUGGGCCCCAUCGGUGGGUGUGUUUGUGUGCGCUGUUUUCGGAUCACCCUGUGCUGUGUUUGUGAAAAUGAUAACGUGCGUGUGUGUGUGUCCUGUGCCGUUGCGAAAAGAGAGAAGUGACGCAAUAGAAGCAAAAACAUAUCACCCAAACACACACACACACACAGCGGGAUGGAAAAACGUAACACCGUUCCCUGUGCUGCGAUUGACAGCUGACGAGUUAUGACGAGAAGAGGCGAAUCAUGCAGUUACGUCAAACAUUUCCACUGCUCCACUGCUAGGCAGAAAGGAACACAAUAUCUUUCCAUUUUAAUUAUAAGUUUUUUUUUUUGAGACACUGAAAUGAAAGUGCAAUAUUUAAUUAAAAUGCGUUGUAAAGAGAUUAGUUUAAUUUUUAAAAUCAAAAUCAUAUCUCCCAUCACGGCCAUCAAGGUCAGCCCAAAACGGUAGCACAGAGUACGGUCCAUAUGUUUGUGAGGCUGUCUUUUUCCACCCCAAUUGGGACGCAAUGUGUUAGUGUGUGUAUGUGUGCCCGUGUGUAUGUGUGUGCGUUGUGCCUGGGAACCGAUCCGUGCCAAUGCCGCCGACAUGCGAAUCGUUUUUGUUGUGAAACGGACGUGACCUUGAACUCGUUCCCGCAAUACAUCGGAAAACCGGGCCACAACAGGGGAGAAAUACUGUAUGUAGCAGAGAGAGAAGGAGAGAGAGAGAGAGAGAAAGAGAAACCGAGCGAGGAUGACGGUUGUGAACUGCAUUUUAAAAAUGCAUGCAAACAUACUUCCCCGUGCCGUGCCGUGGAAUUGGGAGUAAAGUAGAGCAAUUUACGAUGACUUCUCCGUUUUCGCCUCCUCCACCCCCAGUUCUGCCCAGUGGAAAAGUAGUCGAGUGCGAUAGCGGCUUGCACAGUUUGCAGGGCGAGAAUCUGCAUCCGGUAUCCGGUGUGUCGUCACGCUGCGUCUCUGCCCGUGUGGGCGCCCUUUACGAAACGUAGAGAAACAAACAAAACUGGACACCAAUUUUUGCGGAUUUUUCGCUUGGCAGAGCUGCCUGCCCGGGUGGAAAUGACUGUGCAAGCAUUGCCACCGUCCUGCAUGCUGCUGCAGAGAGCUGCGAGUUGAUGGAACAAAAAAAAAAACGAUCCUUUUAGCUGAUACGGUUAUGCAAAUAUGAUCCUUUUCUUUAAUAAAACGAACCAAAAGUUAAGUCUAGCCGCCGUGAUACGGAGUUGUGUGUUUUUUUGCUUUCUACACUUCGUUCGUUGCGAUGGUACGGUUAUGUGAGGCACAAUUUUUCAAAAGUGUCAUUAAGUGGUUUCAAAAACUGACGAAGGUUCAUGUUCGCGGUGCCAGAAGGACGGUACUGUGCUGGUACCUACGGCCAGCGCUAGCAGCGCCUAUGCGAAACCACGUUCGUUUCUAGUUGUGCUGUAUCUGUGUGCCUGUGCCUGUGUGUGUAUGGGAAUGAGAAUUCAGAGAAAGUUUUCCAUCAGCAUUUGCGAGCACAGCCAUAUGCGCCUUGCUGUGAUUAUGAUUGAUGAUCACAGCGAGGGUUUGGUGGGGCUUCCCUCUGGUGGCGGAAAGAGAAUGAAUUUCCCUGGGAUGUGUGUGUGUGUGUGUGUGUGUGUGUUUUUGUAACCUUUCCACACUUUACAGCCACUCAUGCCACUCAUCCUGUGUGCUGUGUGGAAUUGGAUGUGAUUUUUCAUGCAAAAUGUAAUGAAAUUAGGUACCGAAUGCGUCCUGCCGAGCUGCAGUUGCUUCUGUUGCAGGGGAUUUAUUUUCCUCCGCUUCCGCUAUGUUUUGUGCUAUUUUCCCAUUUUAUAAGCAAAAGUAAACGGCAGCAAUGAUUGCUUGAGCAAAGGGAGAGAAAACAAAUAAUAUUUAAUCUAUCUUCACUCCCUAUUCUCCGUCCAUUUGCAGGGAGGAACAUAAAAACGGCAAAAAAUGCACAACCGUAGCGAAAGUAAUAAUUCCAACACACUAAUGAGUCUCUGGAGGAAACGGUGCAUAGACAGAGAGGAAUAGAGCGAGUGGGCAAGCAAAAAACGAGCAACCACCGGAAAAGUUAGAGACUCCGGAACAGUGUGAUUGCAUCGGUGUAACCCAAACUGCUGCAGCACACAACACACACACACACACACACACUCACUUAACCGUUUUUGCAUCAAGUAAAUGAGAAACGGUCUGGCCAAGUUGUCCCUUUUGCAGCGGUAUGCUUGUGCCGGCGCUGACGUUUCUACUUUCCUGCGUUGCGUUGUAAUGUGUUUGGACCAUUUUUUCCUCCUCGUGUGUGUUGAAGGGGAGAAAAUAGUAUUUUUAUUUCUCGCUUCACAAUCUUUUUUUGCAACAAAAAAUAUAGCUUAUGAGGGUUUAAUAAUUAUGGAAAUUGUCUACUAGUUACCGGCUAAAACUGCUAACAACUUUUGGAUUGCUAUUACUUUUGUCAACGAAAUGUAAAGAUAAUUACAAUUGGGGGUAAAAUCAAAUAAAAGUAGUAAUUUACAGACUUAUUAACGCAUCGAUGGGCACAUACAAGAACACACAAUAUGGUAUGUAAUUGUAUGGACAAAAAUGCUCGAACUAAUUAAUGUUUGCCCUGUCGAUGAAUAUUGCUCUUCCAGUGCUGCUGGAUGCAAUGGAAUUUGCAUAUGUAUUUUUUAUUUAAAAUUCAUCUUUCAUAAGACUUUCAAUCACGCGCGCAUGCAACGAUGCAAUUAUAUCAAGGGAAAAUCAAAAAGAUACAUUUAAAAAGCAUAUAAUUAUGAUCGUGGUAAUUACAGACACCCCAAAGGCAGAAAGAUUAUUGAUAACCAGGCAGGUUAAAUGGUCCUUAAUUGUGAUGUAAGUUAAUGUGUACUUAUAACCAUCACAUAGCCAAUUAAGUCUAUAGACAAUAGACAAAGUUUACGAAAAUAUUAAAAAAAACAUAAUACAGUUCUCAUUUUUUAAAUAUAGAUGUAUUGUAGUGUGUAUUAAAUUUUUGAUGUCAUGCUUUUAACACAACCAACACAUUUAUUUUUGAAUUCCCAAUUUCCCUCACAUUGCUGGGUAUAAAAUCAAUAAGCAAAGGCAAACCGUCCCGUCCCGUACCAGCGGGAUAGUAAUUGACAAUUUAAUAUAAGUAUGCUUUCACUCAUCCGAAACGGCUCGUGGAAGCCCCAGCAAGUCGGUCUCCGUCCCGAUCUGCACUUCAUUUGGUGGACGGGGACGGAAGCUUAAGCUAAUUAGCAUAAAUCAGUAGCAUAAGUAAUGAUGUCUUAAAGCAGCAGCAGCAGCAGCAGCAGCGUUCCUUCGGGUUCUCCUCCAGGUUCUCCUCCUCCGGGUAGCGACGCAGGCAGUUACUUCGUUGAGCAGGAAUUUUCCACCACCACCACGGAUUUUGAGGUGUGCGUGUGUCUAUGUGCUAGAGGCGAAUGAGUGAAAAGUUAAUCCAGAAUAGGAAUAGUGUGAUUACUAAAUGUGUUAAAAUCAAAAUAGAAAAAUAAAUAGUUCAAAGUGUAUGUUGUGAACGAAAAAAUAAUUGAAAAGUGUAAACACAGUGCUGGAAAAGGUGCUUAAUGUGAGAAGCUUGCUCGGUUUAACUUGAGAUUGUUCAUCAUUAAAAUUAAUGCCCACAAACUAAGCGCGCGCAUUCACGGGUUCAAUUCCCACCCGGAUCAUCACGUAGCGGCUGCGGAAACCGUCACGUUCGUCGUGUGUGUGGGAUUCAUACUAAUAACACAUUGAUGAUCGUCACAAAACGACCCAGCAUUAGUCGGCCGGCUCGCCACACAAUUAAUCAUCUGAAACAGACGCCCGUUCCCUCUCAGUGCAGCCCAUAAAGAGCUUUCGGGGAGAUGGUUACGAGAAAUUGUCAUUAAAUUAAAAACCAGCGCACACACACACACCCCUUGCCAACUAUACACACGCACACACACGCAAACCCCCCACAACGAACAUACCAACCUUCGCCACACACAGGCCAAAUGAAACCCCGAUCCGAUGAGCCAGAAAGCUCAUCAGCAGCACCAGCAUGCAAACACCGAAUGUCCACUGCACCAGCUCGCUCGAGCCCGAUCGUACCGGCGGGAAUAGGCAGCACUUGUCAGCAUCGAAGCAGCGCCGCACGUCACCAAUCGCACCGAUCGGGGCAACAGCAUCACCACCGCCAUCGUGCUGGAUGGGCGAUGGGGCCCGUGCUGGCGCUGCUGCUGGCAGCACUGUCAACACUCGGCCUGUUCACGGUCGCGGCCGGCAGCAAAUCCGGCAGUGCUUCCAACCCUGCCACACUCAUCGCGACCGUCGACGAACCGUCCGCGCUGGCGCUUGCCGCCGGGCCGAAACAAUCGCAACAACAGUCGUACUACAACAACAACAACCGUGGCGGCAAUGCACAGGGAAAACAGUGCGCCCUGUCCGAGCACACCUGCACCAACGGGCGCUGCAUUCCGUGGGACAAAUACUGCAAUAAUGUAAAUGACUGCGGCGACGGUAGCGACGAACCGCGCUUCUGCACCCGAUGCAACCGCACGUACUACGGGAACAUUGGGCUGACGUACAAUCUGGAGCUGCACCGACCGAAGGAGGACCGGAUACCUUACGUGUGCAUCCUGACGUUCACGGCGGCCGGCGGCAACUACGGUGACAUUGUGCAGGUGACGCUCGACAGCUUCACCCUCGGCCGGUUCGUGUCGUACACGGAGAAUGGCUGCCCGGACGGCUAUCUGCAGGUUUCGGAAGCGAAGCGAGCCAACGUCGGCGGCAUGUGGUGCGGCACGACCUGGGGCCCGGCCAUCUUCUACAGCGAAACCGAUUCCCUCGUCAUGACGAUCAAGCUGUUCAAGCUGUCGCGUGACCAGAGCGGUUACAACUUCGACUUCCGGAUACAGUACAAAAUGCUGUCCCGUGCCAGUGCGGUCGUCCGGUACGGGGGCCACCGGCACGAGUACAUCCCACCGUGGACGAACGUCACGUACAUCCCGAACUAUCCGCUGAUCGAGGACUUUACCAACUCGACCGCACACUCGGAGCACCAGACGUACCAGGAGGCGGGCGGGCUCGGCGCGGGCCAGCAGCGCAAUCGGAUGGUUUCGCUCGGUGCCAACGAUCUGCCGUACCCGACGACCUACGACAACAUGACGCGGGCGGGUGGCGGAGGUAUGCUGCAGCGUGGUGGACCCGCGGCCGGUGGGUCAAUGUUUGGCCGGCUGAACGGUUCCACCGACGGCUGGAGCCCGCUGGGCCCGGGCAGCCCCCGGAAGCAGCCGCUCAACUACACCGAACCGCAGUACUACCUGGGCGAUCUCAUGCAGGGUACGUUCUGCUCGCGUAUAUUCACCAACUGCGACAAGAAGGUGUGCCGUCUGCAGUCGCCCAACUUUCCCGGCAUCUAUCCCAGGAAUCUGACGUGCUAUUUCGCCGUUAGGCAGCACGACGUUCCACCAGGUAAGCAUGCGUUCAUCGUCAUCAGCCAGCCGAAGGGCAACCUGAUCUGGAUAUCGACGGAAGCGUCGGCCGGUGCCGCCACGAACGCCGCCCGGGACGAGAAGGAAAAGCACAAACCGCGCCUCCAGACCUGGAACGAGUGUGACAGUGUGCAGGACAGCACGAAUCCGAAGUGGAAAUCAACGGACUACAUAACCGUGUACGAUGGGUAUACGACGCGCGAUCCGAUCAUACUGAAGAUAUGCGGCGGCGGCCAGGCAAUCCCGCAGGCCAUCUCGAGCGGUCCGGAGCUGCUGGUCGAGUUUACCACCUCGCCGUACGGUACGUUCAACACGCCGCAAACCAGCGGCCACUCGCUGCACGGCUUUCAGCUUGAGGUGUCGGUACGCUUCGUCGACAUCCAGACACCGACGUACGCGAAAAGCAAGCGUAUCUGCGAGUUCUGGCUGCGAGGCACCGGUCACGGGGUGCUGCAGAAUCCGCUACACUCGCUAGCGCCCAACACAACCUGCCUGUACCAUCUGCAAGGCACGGAGGCACGCGCAAUCGAUGCGAUCAACAUACCGCGCCGAUCGGGCGCCCUGUCCACCUCGCCGACCCGCUUCAAGGUGUGGAUCUCGGUGCUGAAGUUCGAGCUGGCGCCCGAGUUCGGCGCUACCGAGGAGCAGAUGCUCCAGUACCAGACGAAGGAGGACUGCAGCGGCAUGCUGCGCAUCUGGGACGGGCCGCUGCGCGAGGUGCCCAACUGUAAGGAUGUCAGCUGUCUCACCACCGAGAAGGAUGGAACGCAGCGGAGCAGCGUACGGUUCGGUGCCAACACGACCAACAUCAUCGCUCGGUACUGUCGCGGUUCGGUGCCUCGGUCGUGCGACCACGGCAUACUUAAUAUGAGCAGCUCGCGGCCCUGCACCCUGUCGGAGAGUUACGUCUCCAGCAGUGACUUUGUGACGCUCGAGCUGAAGACGUCCGACUCGACUGUGCUGCGGCCGCUCCAGUUUGCGCUGCGGUACGAGUUUGUCGAUCUGCUGCAGGACGGGACGGCGAUCGGUGGGGAGAAUGAGUGCCACCGGCGCUUUGCCAGCAGCCAGAUGGAGCGGAAAGGACCGCACCCGGUACGGAGUGUGCGGAACAUCUUCCUGUUUGGACGGGGCGGUGCCAAACACCUGCACUGCAUCUAUCGCUUCGAGGCCCAGCGCGGUGAACGGGUGCGGAUCGAAAUCAACCGUGCAAUGACCGGCAACCGUACGUGCGAUUCGCGCGUCGAUCCGGACACGGGCCGCUCGUACUGCUUCGGCGACAGUACGGCACGGGUCGAGAUCUUCGAGCGUCCCUGGCACGAGUCGAUCCUGUUCCCGCGCGGCUGCAUCUGCAACUCGACCAACAACUCCUACCUGCCGAUCGUGUUCACGUCCACCGGGCGGGAGGUGGAGAUCCACUUCACCGCCGCCAACAUGACCAACGAGGACGAUCCGGACACGCUCAGCUUCGAGGCGUCGUACGAGUUCGUGAAGGGUCCGAUGAUGUGCAAGGACGUGCGGCGCAAGAACGCCAUCACCGGUGUGGUGACACUCUCGUCGGGCGAUAUUGAGUGUCGCAAUCGACCCUGGUUGAUAGAGCCAUCGUACGAUCGGUAUCUCUACAUCCGCCUCAAAGGGCUGUUUCUGCGCAAGUUUAACCCAGCAACACCGCUCGCGUACAAUGCCAGCUUCAGUGCGGUAACGCCGAUCCGCUGCUACACAAAAUCGCGCGUCAUCAUUACGAACGGUGAGGGCAUCUCGGUAACGGCCUGUCCACUGCCCGAGGAGACCAAACACCGGCACGUGGUGGAGGUGUUCAGUGCCGGCUGGGGCCGUAAGCACCCCUUCUUCGGGGCGGAAGCAUCGCGCGUCGUUUCGGUCGAGUUUCUCAACCCGGACGAGGGUGGCCACUAUGCGUUCAGCUGGCUCGAGCUGACGAAACGUCCGUCGGCAAGUUUUGCUCUAGUGCAAGAGGAGUGUCCGUAUCUUUGUCCGGAUCUGAACGCGUGCGUCAACGCUUCCAUCUGGUGCGACGGCAUCGAGCAGUGCCCGUCGGGUGAGGACGAAGCGUUUACGCACUGUUCGGCACUGUUGCGUCUGCCGGCCGAGCUGCUGGCAGGGCUGAGCGUCCUGCUGCUGGUGCUCUGCUGCGGAUUGUUCGGCUAUCUGUACAGAAAAAUCAAACGCAACUGCCGGCGGACGAGCGUGCUGCAGACGCGCCUCAAAUCGCUCAGCUCGAUGGAUACGGCCGUGUUCGAGGACAAGGAGGUGAUUUGCUGACAAAGCGACAAUUCUGUACGGUACGUGGAGAUUGACCGCGUCACCACGGUCUGACCGCGUCAUCGACCAGCGCCAGGCCGAAACCGUACAGAAUUGUCUUCCCAGCGAGCACGCAAGGCGACGAACGACGCACGACAGCAACAGCAUGCCAAACGAGCGCCAACCGGGCGACGACACUAACCAGUGAGCAGCAGCAGCAGCAGCAGGAACAUGAUGGACUGAGCAAUAAUAGCGGCAAAGUUUCGUGUGCUUCUUUUCUACUCUCGACUCUCCAUGCGGCGAGGGCGAUGGAGCGGUAAAGCGCCCUCUAGGAGGAAAACUAAGAGAGCAGGCAGUUAAGAGAGUCUACUAAGCGAAGGGCAAACUACCCCCUGAUAAAUAAAAAACUUCACUUACACUUUAGCGAUAUUGUAGUAGCGAACAUGUUAGCGCGAAAAUCUAAAUCACAUUCACACUCAAACACUAGGAACAAAUAAGGCAAACUGGGUGCGUGGGGGCCUCCCACGAAGGACCUCCUUCUCGGUACCUUGUUAGCCAUUCUAAUUUUACGACGUUUUACUCUAGCGAUCGAUUGUAGAAGGGCAGCUUCCGCUGCAUGAGAUUAGAAAAUGAGUAAGAGUGGGAGCGCCAAAAUCAUAAUGUGAGAAAGAUAGGGGGGAAUAGAAGAAGGAGAAGUGAUCUCUCUAGGCCAGGGAGGUCCGAUUCAAAGCUACUACUACUGUACUACGUUUUAGUAUUACUUCUAGUGAAACCAGUACAAUUAUUACAAUACUAUUAAGUUGAUAAUUGAAUUGGUCGUGGAAAUGCGAGGGUAAAGCGUUGUGCUGUUAGAUGAUCGUCGAUGAUGUUAGGCUAAAAGAGACCCUUCCAGAAAGGUCAGAAAGUAGAAAUCAAAAGUGAAGCAAGAGAGCAAGCGAAUGAUGAUUCGUUUUAUUUGACGCUGCUUUUACUUUGAAACAUGAAUUGCUUUUUCUCUCUUAUGUUUACCAAACAACACAGAGAAUUUCCCAUAUUUGUGUUAAUAAGAGCGAUAUAUCUAUUAUUACCAUCAACAACACACAAACACGCAGCGUUUGCAGAGCUUUUAAAAGAGCGAAACUAUCAAAAAAAAAACAAAGAAAAGCAAGGGACGUGGACCUUUAUGCCUCAAUUCUAUGGAGGAUUCGUCACACGGGAGAAGCAAAAGAAAAGGAAAGGGAGCUGGGAAAUAGUAUUAUUAGCGAAGAGAUGUGGGAAAGAUGGGUAGAGUUUAUCUAGCAAAAACAAAGUUGGUUACGAAAGUGUAAAAACACGACCGCCAGCGGGCAUCCCCGUUCGGCGAAAGGUUAUUAUGAUGUGGACCGUUGUUCAUUAUUAAUUGAAUUGAAAUUCGAAUUGUAUGUUACACAGCGCGGUUGGAAAUGGUAAAAUGUAACUUCCGUGUUUUUCUUCCAACAAAAAAAAGUUAGAAGAGAAAGAGAGAGAAGGUUAAAGGAAAUUGGAAAAGAAUUAAAUAGAGAGGAAUGGGGAGAGAUAGAGAGAAUAUUAAACAAAUGAUUAAAUCAAACAAUUUAAAGCAAAAGGAUGAAAAUACUGAACUCUGGAUGGUAUUGUGGAUGGUAGUGAAGGGAAUUUUAAAAUAUUGAAACUUAAAACAAAAUUAAUACAAAGAAAGUAUAGGAACUAAUUAACGCAGUCGCAGAUUAGAAAAAAACUGAAGAACAGAAAACCAAAAAACACUUCUCCUUCUCCUCUGUUCUGUGAAGGAAAAAGGGGUUAUUCGUGUUAGAAGAAACUUAAAGUUUGCUAAUGCAAAAACCCGUUCAAGAUCAAAAACAUUCCAAAUAAUAUUUAUGUAACAGCAGAAGUAUAAAAAAAGCAGUUGCACAAUUAAUAGAUCUGUUAAAAAGGGGCGAUGAGGACUCUCGACGAUCACUCGCCCCGUAGAAAGAGAAAAAUAGAGUUUGAUUAACGGUAACAAAGGUUUGGUGAGUGUGUGUGUAUGCGUGUGUGUGUGUCUGUCUCACAACGAAAAACACUAAACCACGGACCAAAAAAAAGUACUAAUCGCUAUUAAACAAACAAAAAAACAAAAUUGGCUUACAAACGCCAUCGUAGGAAGGAAGUGGGAAUACCACAGGUGUGUAACGGAUGCUGUACAUAUACAAGUGAGUGAGUGAUAAGGGACGGAUAUAAGGUCGGAAAUGGUGUGAUAAAUGCACACCGUUUAUUCUUUUUACUUUAUUUACUUUGGUAACGAAAAUGAUAAGUUUUUCAAUCACAAUAAUCCUUAUUACUACUGGAAUUACUAAGAGACGCUACACACGAACGGUAUGUACAGUUGGUGUAUCUUUUUAUCUUUUUGUUAUAUUUUUUAUAGUACACAAGCGAGAAACCUACUUAGUAACGGUCAAUUUUCAUGUUAUACGUAUUCUCCCUUUUUUGUAAUUACGGAUUUAAAAUUGAAAAAAGUACUGCCAAUCUGCUUUAAAAAACUGUGCGGUCACGGAGAUCACAUCAUUGCGGAAGCGUUACGCAGUGUAACAUGCGUUACGCACGAACAAGCGACGAACCCCACUUUCCCGCAAACACACUCUCUCUCUCUUUCACUCUCUCUCUCUCAAAAACUGCCAAAAUGCGUUCGACUACGAUUUACCACUCGAUUGCGGUUGUUUCCGUUGUACUUGCCGUACCGCGUGUUGGGGUUGUGCGCGCAGCUAACCGUCAGCACUGUCCACUAACGCGUUUGAGCGUCUCCCCAACGAAUCAUCUCAAACAUAUGUAUGGUGAAAACGUUAUACACACGUUAAAUUUAAAAUCACACAACCAAAACUGCCAAAAAACAAAAAAAAAAACGGACGAGAGGAGCUCAAAAGCAAAUCAACUGACUAAGCGCUAUCAUUUUGACUGUUUCGGUUCAGAUUGUUGCAAUUCGCUUAAGCAUUUGUUAACUCGCUACAGUACACUACGUAUGAGGUACGUGAAAAGCAAAGCAGUGAAAAGGACGAAACAUUAAGGUUAGUAAAAUUAAUUCCAACUAGUUGUGGUAGAAAGAAGAAGGAAAAAGAAAUAGAGAAAAGAGUAGUUUUUUGUUGUUGUUUUUAUUUCCCCUUCCCGUAAUGUAGCAUGUAAAGGAAAGUUGUAAAAGCCCCGUUCAGAGACGAACGUACAAAGGAAACCCGACAACACACAGACACAUUUACACCUGUUAGAGAAUGCAAAAACCGAAACAGGAAAAGGUACACUUGUUAAAACUGAAGCAAGAAAUGCUGUUUCGCUGCUGUUUACUACCUUUGCUGAGUUUAGUAGUUAAUUUGUUGGAAAGGAACGAAGCGGAAACAGUGUCUGUUUUCCUUCCUUGAAAAGCUUAGCAGUAAACGUUGAACGAAAAGAGAAGAGAACCGAUUAAAGAUUAGACAAAGUUGCCCAUUCUCUUUGCUCCACGAUAGAAGAGUUUUCCUCCAAACUGCUCGCAAUGCGUCACUAUCUGAGUGAGUGAAAAAAGCAAAACUAAAAUCUGAAACAUUUUUAAAGUGGAAGAAACCCCGUUCCAAGCACUUUAUGAGGCUCUUGUGGAACGUUUCGAUUCCUUUUUCUAAACCCAAAAAAUAUAUAUAAAUAGAAAACUGAAUCUUUGAUAUUAACAAUUCAUAGAGAAGCAAGGAACCGAUUUAAUCCCAUUUGCAAAUUUGCCAAACAUGUAGAACAAAUACACACUUCACAAAAACAGACAACAGGAGAAGAGCAUCAGGCUCACGAUGUACAAGAUUUCUCACACUAUCAAUUGUUGUAAAAUAGCAAAACAAGCGAAAGACUCCCUCUUUCUCUUUCUCUCUCGCUCUCUCUCUCUUUCUAUAAUAAAAAGAAUAGAAAAAUAAACCAGUUACAAAACUAGUAGAAGAACAAAAAUCAAUCGCGCGCUUGAUUAAUGUAGUAAAAGAGCACCA